UAUAUAUUUAUUUAUGAUUUUUGCUAAAAAGCUUUGAUCUUUGUUUUUUGAUUAACUUUUUGGGAGGUGAUCACAUCACAGCUGGAUUUAUAAGGUUUUAUUUUGGAGAUUUUUUUAGCAAAUUUAGUUAAUUUAAAAAAUAUAUAAAAAAAAUUCUGCAUUUUUGUGCCUUUGAAGGUAAACUUAAGCUUGGUUUUGCAGUUUGAAACUGCGGGUUGGUUUUAUUGAUGGAUGAGGAACAUUGAGUACUGGAAAUGAGUGCAAGGACAUGGUUAAUGGACAGGAAAAUAGCUGCGGGUUCCUCUUUUCCACGUUGGGACGGUUAUGGUUUUUGAGAGUAGUAGAAAAGCUUUUGUUUGCUGAUAUAUUUGGUAGUUAUUGUCUGCGGACUUUGUGCAAUGUCUCGGUGCUUUCCAUUUCCACCACCGGGAUAUGAAAAGAAACCCAUAACAGACGAAAUUGACUUAUUGAAGAAGGAAAAACGCAAAGAGAAGAAGCAUAAGAAGGAUAAGAAAGAAAAAGAUAAAAAAGACAAAAAAGAACGAGAAAAAGAUCGAAGCGAAGGAAGACAUAAAGACAAAAAAGAUAAACACCGGGACAAGAAGAAAGAUAAGGAGAAGAGUAGAACCAAUACUCCGGAUAAUAAAAGUUAUGGACAAUUUGAGGGGUAUAAUGGAGAAAAGGUUCAUCAUAACGGUGAACAAAUCAAAGAAAAAAGCAAUUCUACCGAUGUCAAAAGAUUGUCUAUACCAUAUCCUGACCAAAAUGGAGACCUGGUCAGGAACAGGUUCAAGGUUGAGGAUGUUGAGAAUUCCAAACUUGUGCAAGAAUUGAGGAGGAGGAUUCGGGAUGAGGAAAGCGGAAUGGGUAGCCACCAAUCUGUUGUUGAUGGUAGAAAAAAUAGCUUUAACAGGACUGAUAUUGAAAAGAUGGAUGGGCGACAACCAGUCAUGGAUAGCCGGCAGCCAGUCAUGGAUGUGGCGGGAUUUGGCAGAAAUGUGGUGGUCCCGGAUAGGAUUAAUGGUGCAACACCACCGCCUUUCGACAAGAAGAUUGACCGAAGGGUAGAGCAGAGAGAGAAAAUGCAAGAAAAAGGAAAUGAUGAUAAACGAGGAGAUAAGCGGAAGAACAAAGAUCGUGAUAAACAUGGGAAGGAGAAAAGUAUGGAAAAGGAGAAAAAGGAAGAGAAACUGAAGGAAAAAAGCGAACAGAAGAAAAUCGAGAGGGACAAGAAGAAACAUUUUAAGAACAGUGAAGCAGUUGCUAGUCCUAAUAAUCUUUCAACACAUUUGUUGGACAAUAGGUUACAAGGUGCUAGUAAUGAAGGAAACUUAAGGAAAAGGAAAGACAUGGAGACAAAUGGUGUUCUUCAUGAGAAUGUACUCAGGCCAAACAAGAUGGCCCGACCCAUCUCUAAUAUUCCCCCGGAAAACGGAAGGAAGCUAGAUUUUCUCCAAAACCCGGGCUCAAGUGUGUUGUUAGAUAAGCAAGGGGCAUCUCAAGGAUUAUCAUUGAGUAGUUUUAAUGUCGGUAGUAAGGAUGGACUGGGUGGUCAAAGAGUCAAUGACAUGAUAGCUUCACAACCCGGUUCGGUCUCUGCUAAAAAGCCACCAGUUUCUGCUUUUAAUCACAUUACAUCUAAGCCCGCCCCAAUACAUUCACCACCUGUAAUUACAAAUCAUGUAGCAUUCCAGUCUUCGCCUGCCCGUGCAACAAAGACACAACCCAAUCACAUAGUAGUCCAGUCUUCUCCUAUCCGUGCAACAAAGCCACAACCUUACCACGUUGCGGCCCAGUCUUCCCCCCAUUCAACAAAGUCACAAUCCUACCACAUUGCAGCCCAGUCUUCCCCUGUCCAUUCAACAAAGUCACAAUCCAACCACAUUGCAGCCCAGUCUUCCCCUGCCCGUUCAACAAAGUCACAAUCCAACCACAUUGCAGCCCAGUCUUCCCCUGCCCGUUCAACAAAGUCACAAUCCAACCACAUUGCAGCCCAGUCUUCCCCUGCCCGUUCAACAAAGUCACAACCCAACCAUAUUGCAGUCCAGUCUUCUCCUGCCCGUUCAACAAAGUCACAACCCAACCACAUCGCAGCCCAGUCUUCUCCUUCCCGUUCAACAAAGUCACAAUCCAACUACAUUGUGGCCCAGCUGCCCACAUCCAAACCACUGCCUUCAAUUCCUAAUCCUAUUGCCAACCAUCACCUAUUACCGCCCCUCUCAUCACCACCACCACCAACUACAACCGCUAAACAACCCAUUUUCCAAUCUAAACCACCACCCUCUGUAGUUAACAAUCUUGCAGUACCACCUCCAAUGCCUAUUCCCCAAAAGAAACCACCUCACCCUGAUACUAAGUACUUGAACCAAGUACUCUCGGUCCCGAAAUUAGAUCCGUGGUGUGCUUUUGAUGACCAAGAAUGGCUCUAUAACAGCAAAACCGGCCGACCCGUUUCCGAGAAACCGACAACAGAAGAGCUCCAGGUCCAGGUAUGGUCCGAAGCUAAGCACAUAGAAUCUGUUGAUGUUUGUGCUUUGCCGUAUGUUAUUCCCUACUAAUUGAUUUUUGAUGAGCACAAUUAUGAUUUGGGAUCGAGCUCUUGAGAUGGUUUAGCGGCUUUCUAGUCACAUUUUUCCUAAUGUUCACGAGGCUGCCACAUGAUUUUGUGGUCUCUUGAUGAUAUUACGAGUCGGAGUUGAUCGGAUUUGAAGAAAUUAUAUGCACCCGAGUGAGAGAUAGCAAUUUUAUUUCAUGAAAAUGGAAUAUUUUCUUGAGGGGUUCAAGUAAAAAUGGUCCGAGGAAGACGCAUUGGUGGCUUCUGCAAUGUUUAUUGAUAUUUGCUCAAUGCUGAGAUGCUCUUUGCUGCUAACAUGAGUGUAAAAGGAAUUUGGUUUUGUGGUGUGUUACAAGUCACCACAAUUUUUGAUUUUGUAAUAUAGAACUAUUUACAUGAAAUGUAAGAUAGGUAGGGGUAAUAUGGGGAUAUGAAAGAAAAUAGAGGUUGCUGAAAUCCAUUUUGACACUGAUUGCUUAUAUCUAUAUGACCCCUUUUGAUUGGACUGUCAUGGUUUCCCCAUUACCAGAGUCAACCGUUAGUAACAGGUUGUGAUUUGUGUAUGUAUAAAAGUCAACCAUUUAGUGAAAUUGGAUAUAUUUGUGUUAAUUGAAGGAAUUUAUGAUACUAGAAUUGUUACCAAUUGAUGUUUUGUA